AUGUACAAGGUUGGUCUCAUAGUUAGAGACACGGUCUGCCUCAAGCAAACGCUCUCUUACGACUAUACUUAUAGUGCAACAAGUUUCAAUGAUUUGAAAUUCGUAGAUAAUGUAUUACAUCCUUCUUUCACAGCAGCCUGUCUAGCGUUAGGAAUUAUUGAAGAUGAUGAUGAAUGGAAUAAAGCUAUGGCAGAAGCUGUGAAUUGGAUGAUGCCUAAACAGCUCAGGCAUUUAUUUGUUCUUAUACUGAUUCAUUGUCAACCUAUUUAUCCUGAAAAGUUAUGGGAAAAAUUUAAAGACUCUAUGUCUGAGGAUUUUUCACGAAACAAUGAAUUGUUUAUCAGUUAUCAAAUGGCUUAUUCCGAAAUAAAUGAUAUUUUGAUUAAGGAAGGAAAAAGUUUGUCUGAUUUUCCAACAAUGGAUCAAAAUGUCAUGAUUAACGUAGUUGAUAUUAAUAACAUUGACGAAAGAAAUCGUAGAUUAGAAGUUGGUAAUGAAAAUUAUAAAAAAUUAAAUUCUGAACAAAAAGUAAUUGUUGAUAACAUUAUUGAAGCGUCACGUUCAGAUAAUUAUACUGGCACAACUUGCUUUUACAUAGAUGGUCAAGGAGGAUCUGGGAAAACUUUCAUUUACACUACCAUUUACAAUCUUUUAAUGUCAGAUAAUAUCAAAUGCUCUACAAUGACAUAUACUGGUAUUGCUGCAACAUUGCUGCGUAAUGGAAAAACAGUGCACAAAUCUUUUGGUUUACCAGUUCCAAUGUUUAAUGAUUCAUCUUCAAAUAUAAAAAUACAAUCUAAUGAAGGUAAGAUCUUAAAAAAUACUAAAGUAUUUAUUUGGGAUGAAGCACCUAUGGCCCCGAGAUACGCUUUAGAAAUAGUCAAUAGAACAUUAAAAUACAUAAUGAAUAAUGAUCUACCAUUUGGUGGCAAAAUUAUGGUUUUAGGCGGUGAUUUCAGACAACUGCUUCCUAUCAAAGUCCAUGGUACGCGUAAUGAAAUAUUAAAUUUGUCUAUAAAAAACUCCGAGUUGUGGCCACUUUUUUCAAUAUUCUAUUUGCAAACUAACAUGAGAUUAUUACCGCAUGAAAUUGAAUUUGCCAAAUAUUUAUUAGAUGUCGGUAAUGGAAAAUUAAAUGAUGAACAUAAUAAUCUGCAGCUCCCAGAAUACUGUAUAUUACCUCCAAAUGAAUGCAUUGUUCAAAACACUUUUGGAGCCUUAAUAAAAAACAAAAAAUUUGAUGAUCUUAGUCAUUGUGUUAUUCUAUCUGCCAGAAAUGUUGAUGUAGAUGAUAUGAAUAAUAAAAUUACUGAUUUAUUAGAUAAAACUACUGAACGUAUUUACACUGGCAUAGAUAGCACAGAAAACUGUGAUAAUGGUAACAUGGAUCAUGAAGUUCUUUUACCAGAAUAUCUUAAUUCUUUAAAUCCACCUAAUUUUCCUCCUCAUAAAUUACUUUUAAGGAAAUUUUGUAUAGUAAUGUUAAUUAGAAAUAUUAGUCUCAGUGAAGGAUUAUGUAAUGGAACAAGGUUACAAAUAAUUGAUUUUUCCAAAUGUAGAAUAUUAACUGGAUCUAAACGCAAUAACAUAAUACUGCUUAAUCGAAUUACAUUAUAUUGUGAUAAUCAAUAUCCAUUCAUUUUUAAAAGAAAGCAGUUUCCAGUUCGUUUGGCUUUUGCCAUGACUAUUAAUAAAGCUCAAGGACAAACUUUAGCUCAAAUUGAUAUCGAUCUUCGAAGAGAUGUUUUUAAUCAUGGUCAACUAUAUGUAGCUAUGUCUAGAACACAUAAGAUGUCUUCUGAUGAUGAGCCUUCAGUCAAAAAGUCUCGUUCAAGAGAUGAAUCAAAAUGUAUUUCGUGCGACAAACAUAUAAGAAAAUUGAGUGGAUCCCAUUUGUAUAUUGAUAGUCGGGAAAAAGCUUUGGAUUUUAAUAAAAAGUAUGAACAAUUGGUCCUUGUGGAUGAUACAGUAUGUUCCAAGUGUUACGCAAAAUUGCGAAUUUCGAAAUCUUCUUCAUUCACGGCAACUUCUUCAGCAGAUGUUUUAGGUGAAAAUACUGUUCAAGAAGAUGAAUCUGAGUCUCAAAUUGAAGAACAGACGUCAAGAAUUUCACUGGAAAAUACUCAAGAAAGUAACACAGAGAGUAAUACACCUUCAUGGGAUACAAAGCUUGGAGAAAGUAAAAGUAGUCAAGAUACAACUACAGAUUAUAGUCAAACAUCAGAUUCUUCCGGAACAGAUCCAACAUAUGUGCUUAUUAAUACUAUUGAAGUUGAAUUGGUUAGAAAAUCACCACCUUAA